CAACGCGGAAGUAUGUUGUCAACAGCGUAGCGAGCCGCUGGAGUCAACUGUCCUCAGUCAGACACCAUGUCCAACAAAGAAGAUACCCGAUACUGUCACCGCUUCUCCUACCUUUUAAUCAAAUUCAUCCUGUUCGCCUAUGCCAUCGGCUGGUGGUUGAUAGGCGGCUUCAUCCUGGCCAUUGGCAUCUAUGCUGAGGUGGAGAGACAACGCUACAAAACGCUGGAGGGAGUGUUUCUGGCCCCGGCUAUAAUCCUGAUCCUCCUGGGAAUCAUCAUGUUUAUUGUUUCACUCAUUGGAGUCUUGGGCUCACUGAGGGAUAAUCUAGUCCUUCUGAAAGUGUUCAUGUACACCCUGGCUGUGUGUCUGAUCCUGGAGCUGCUGGGGGGAAUAUUAGCGCUGGUGUUCCGCAACCAGACGGUGGAGUUACUGAACAAGAACAUCCGAAGAGGAAUAGUGAACUACUAUGAUGACCUCGACUUCAAAAACAUCAUGGACUUUGUACAGAAGAAGUUUAAGUGUUGUGGAGGUCAGGAGUAUACAGACUGGUCAGUCAACAUGUACCACAGUUGUUCCGCACCUGGUCCGUUGGCCUGCGGAGUCCCUUAUACCUGCUGCAUUACUACUAAGCCUAAUGAAGUGGCCAACACUCUGUGUGGGUACAAAGUGAUGGAAAAAACGCGUUUGGAGUUGAUUGAUGUCAUCCAUACCAGAGGCUGCACUGAUGCUUUCUUCAUCUGGCUUAUGGACAACUAUAAGAUUAUGGCUGGACUGCUUUUAGGGAUCCUACUGCCUCAGUUCUUUGGUGUGUUAGUCAGCUGGCUGUACAUCACUCGUGUCGAAGACGCCAUCAGUGAGUACGGUCACUAUAUGGACCUACUGGACUCAAGCGCACAAACGAGACAAGCCAAGAGGCAGGGCCACAUGGCCAAAUGGUUUAAAUGUAUGCCAGAGAUGGACUGAUGGAGGCAAAAACAGCAGCGAAUGGACUCGAGCCAACACUCACAGUUGGUUAAAUUACUCCAGUGGAUCCAGAUACAGCUGCAGCCGCCUGCCUUUGAAGUGCAGGUUUACUACACGUUCCCUCCACUGUGGAGGAAUAAAUGUGUUGAUGUUAUGUUUUUUAAGAAGGAAAUGAAAACAGAUUAUUGCAAGUUUGAUAUUCAAGUGUUCCUUUUUCAGUUUUAUUGUUAACUUACUGUUUGUAUCCAACACAAAAACAUUCGCAGGACCCACUUUGGUUAAUUAUUAAUGACUGUGUUAACAUGCAGUGUACUAAUGCAUUAGUGGGUUCGUUUGGAUAGGUGCUUUUAGCUGCAUUGUGCCUAAGAGAGUCUCAGGGAUAAACUCAGACACCAGUACAACCACUCUAGCUCCUUGUUUUAUAAUAUAACGUGAAAUUAAUCUGUUUAGUUCCAUCACAUAGCCAGAAUAUACAGCACUGACUUUUCUUACUUUUAUACCUGUAUUCAUUCAUUGUUUGUUUUUUAAAACCAAUUAAAGCAUUGCUCAGCUCUUCCAUACAAUCACUGAUGAAGCCGGUCCAUUAUCCAACCACUACUGUUGCCAUAAACUAUAAUGCAGGCUAUUGUAAGCGAAGACACUAUUUAUGUCAUCUGGAAGCAGGACAUGUUUGCCUUAUUUGUACGUAGUGACUGGAAAUACUCAAAGGUUUGAGAGUGAAAUGAAUUUAUAUGUAAGUUUGAGUUUGUAGAAUAAGUUUUAUACACAGUACCGUGCACAUCCCCCAGUGACCACAAAGUCAUUGCACACUUCAUGAUAAGUCCAACACAAGUGUUGUCUGUAGUGCUCACAUUUGUUUUAUCAAAGCCUUAACUUUGACUCUUCAAAAUGCAUUUCCUGUUCAUCUUCACUCAGUUUACUGAUACAAUGAGGAGAAAAGGCUGACCUGGCACUGUAGGGCCUGCUGGUAUGUUCCAUUUUCACUGGGAAUUCGGAAUUGCAGAAAUUUGUACUCGAAUGCUCACUUAGGUCAGAUUUCUGACUAGUUAAGUCAUAUAAGUUGGAUGAACCUCACCAACCCUGACUACUAGGUUGGCUGCAGCUGGAGCAGCCACAUGCCUCACCCACCGUCAGCCCCCUUUGCUCCUCCUUGGUUCAGAAGCAGAUGCCCUGGAGAAAAUGCAAAGUUGGGGUUUAGCUAGCUGUGAAGUAUUAGGUUAAAAUAGAGGUGGUUAUUGCUAAAGGAAUACUUCAACCACCAGAUGACCAUUUGUAUAUCAAUUACUCAAGUUUAAGAUAAGUUAUUAAGUUUUAAUUUGUGAAGAAAACUCAGUGGCAUUCAUUUAAAUGCAGCAACCAUGUCUCCUUUAAAGUUAUUUGCUAGUAACCUUCAAAAACAAAUCAAUCUGUGAGACAUGCAUUCUACCUGAAUUUCAUUUUUCAGCAUCAAGGCAAAAUAUUUUUAAGGAACAAAUCCAAACAAGUCACAAAAUGUUUACACGGAAUGUACCUAAAGUCUUGUGCUUUGCAGGUCCUUUAUCCACCCAGACCACUCUCCUGCAAAUUAUCUUAUUAUGUUUAAUAAAUGUUGCCACUGAACAAAAUCCAGGCAGCAAUUACAUUAUCUAAAAAAUCAGCAAAAUCAAUCAAAAGUGUGAUUUCCAGGAGACGUGUUGCCUAUAAAAAUACCAAAAUUGGCUCUCCAAGACUUAGUGUAGAUAAAAUUACCUUAGAACAUCCACAACAGAUAAUCCAGUGUGAUUUUGAUUUUCAGUUUUACAGUUUUGCCCUCAUCAUAAGUGAAAAAUGUGAAUUUAAUGUGCAACCGAACUUGGUUUGGUUUGAUGUGAAGUUGGAAACAGAGACCAAAUACAUACCUUUUUGAAGUAGAUUCUUUUUAAUUCACAUUACCCUUCCUUUGUGUUUUUAAGUGACUUCACUCUACAUUCUCAUACUGUACUGUACUUACAUCACUGCCAAAACAUGUUUGCAAACAUUUCUAGUUGAUUCUACUCAGUUAUAUUUUGUAUUCAUUAGGAUACAAGGCUAAACAGGUUAACAUGUUAGCCCUAUUUGCACUGCAGGGUCAAAUAGAGGUUGCCAGAACUUUAUCCUUGUACGUAUGAUUACAUAUCAGGGCCAAAUAUCUACUUAUCCAAAUUAAAAUAAUUCAGCUUUUGUACAUGUUUCUGUAGAAAAGAAUUAAAUUUAAUUUAAAUGUUAUUACAUGUUGUGUUGUCCCCAGUCUCUGAACCCAUCACCUGUCAGUCUGACAGUGAAUAAGCCCAUGGGGGCACCUGCCAGCAGAUGGCCUGGAUAUCCAUUAUCCAGACAAGACUUCCUCUUCUGUGCACCAUUUUGGCUAAUCUCUAUAAACUGAUAUCUACAUUUGAAUGCAGAUUUUUUUUAAAAAAAACAGGCUAAUCUAAAGCUAUGUCAUGGUCAGACAAUAGCUAAUGGGUUCAGAGAGUGCAUCUUGGUCAAUGUGUUUUGCCUCUUUUGCUCUUCUUUUCCUACCUGUAAUUCAAACAUGAUUGGUCAAUACUACUCAGACUACAAACCAGACCACAAACCAGACCGCGUCAGAUACCAAACUCUUGUCCCUCACCCUGAUUCGUUCUGUCAGGCCUCAGUUAUAAGAAUCCUUUUAGUACUUAACUGUAACAUUAUCGGCUGGUAGGUUGAAGGUAAAAGUUAUUUGUAUAUAAUUAAAUAAUUGAGGCUUUAUUUAAUAUGUGCCACACUUACUACCUACAUUUUGCUGUAUGGGUUGUGUUGUUUUAUGAUGUAAUGGCUUGGAAGUUAAGACUUUUUUGGGGGGUUUCCACCCAGGUCACUUCAUUUGUCAGCCUCAAUAAAUCAGGCGUAUCUAAUGAUAAUGAGUUAAAAGGAGCGUCUUGGCUAAUUAACAACACAUCACACAUUUGAAAGCCUCACUGGUCAGUCCAGAACAUCAGGGGAAUUGGCAGUCUAAAACUAUUUGGAUAUGGCUACAGAAUGAUGACACCAUCUGCAUUCAGAUUGGCUCCCUAAAAGCGUAGUUUUCACUGUGCAAUCCUGUCUGCCUGCGGGUACGGUCUCCUGGGAAAAUAUAGCGCUCUUGUUUUCCCCGCUAGCUAUCAGUAACUAUUCCCAGUUACCAAAGAGGAUCAGUGUACGUUCUUUGCAGGGACUAUCCCCCAUAGCAAAAAUGCUGAACAGUGAAACAAUAGUAAUAAGUGUGGAAACUGAACCCUGUAAAAGAAAAAGAGCCCCUCACUAGGCUCUGAAGAAAAUGAAGGGUGAGGGGCUCUUUUUCUUUUACAGGGUUCAGUAAAAGAGCCCCUCACUAGGCUCUGAAGAAAAUGAAGGGUGAUCUGGUUGCCUCUACUUACAACUUGGAAACACCUUGUGAAGUCUAAGCAUACUGUGUAAUUUAUAACCAAAGAAGAUCCAUACAGUUCCUGCUACCUUUAACAUGUACAGCAUUUAAGAUGUCUUUUAAGUACGCCACAUAAUAUAAAGUAAUGAUGAACUUUCUGUAAAUAUCAUCACUGUAUUCUACUAUUACAGUACGUACCAAAGUGCCAGUGUAGUCCCUUUAUAGGAAUAGGAUGGUCCUAUUAGUUCAAUAGUUAUAAAGACGGGGCGUCGGUGGCUUAGUGGUAGAGCAGGCGCCCCAUGUACAAGGCUGUUGCCGCAGCGGCCCGGGUUCGAGUCCAGUCUGUGGCCCUUUGCUGCAUGUCACUCCCUCUCUCUCUCCCCCCCUCACACUUAACUGUCCUGUCCAAUAAAGGCAAAAAAUGCCCAAAAAAAUAUCUUUAAAAAAAAAAUAGUUAUAAAGACAUCCAGCACACCACCCUUCAGUAUGCAAUGUACUGUGUGCACAUCAUUUGUCAUGUGCUGUAUACAAGGAGUGCAUACAUUCAGUCUGUGGGUGGCCUCACUGGGAGUUGCAUCAUCUGUCCUUAAAACUUAUCGUCACCGUCAGUUCAUUAAAAUGCCUGAAAUUGCACUAAUUGAAAAAGUGUGUUGUCAAGUUGUUUUGCCUGGUUGAGGGUGGAGAAUAAAAUUAAUUAAAACUGUUCUGUUGUUUAUCUUUGAGUGGACUGUAACACUGAAUAAAUCUUCCCCUGCAGAGA